GAGUACGAACUGUUUCUGAAGAUAUUUUCUUCUACUUCCUUAUCCAAAUGUUAUUAUAGUUUCUUUCUUUUGGACCUAAUGCAUUAGGCACCCUAGAUUAUUUUUUAAACUAUGUAUACAAACGUGAGCGAUGUAGAAGAACCUUUCACGCUGUACAAACUUUGUGCAAGAAUUGUUGGUAUCAACAUGCAAAUAUUUGAAAAAGAUGUUUGUGGGUUGCCUGCAGGUAUCCUGUCGGAUGUAUUACCUCAUCUGAACAUUUACUAUUUGGAGAGAAUUGAGGAAGUUGCUGCAAAGAAAGGUCUUUCAACACAACCUGUCUGGUACAGAAUUUGGAAAGAUGUAAUAAACUCCAAACAUCCAAGAUUUGAGGCUGUAAAAUGUUGGAAACAGAAAUUCUUGGAAAGUUUCUUUUAUGCUACCCUUCUUGGUUCCCUGGAAUUGCUGAAGGACUACCGCCUGAAUGACUCAAACUUUUGUCCUCUUGUCCUCUGUUCAAGACACAUUACCCAGCUGAAUGUACAGAAUAAGCUUCAGGGAGAGCUCAUAGCUAGCAAAAAUCAACAUGUUCUGGAAAUUCUGUCUAGGACAGUGGAAACUUUGAAAUUUAGUAAUCUACGUUCACUCGAUAAUGUUGAGCAAGAAUCUUUGAUAUAUUUACUUCAUCGCCUCAUUCAUCAUGGUGCAGUGAAAAAAGUAUCUCUGUUUUCAUGGCCAUUGCCAAGGUCUGACCUUUUAGCUAUAAUUAUGCAGAUGAGUGCAGGACACAUGCCAUUUUUUAAUAACAAAAGUUCAAAUCAUGAAUGCAGUCUGUGCACAAAUGGACAGGACAGCAGCACUGAAUCAUUGCGAGAUGCAGACUGUUCAGCUAGAAACACCAAAAACAUUUUUCAUUUGGAAGAUUCAAAGAAUGGAUACAGCACUGAUAGCUGCAGUGUUAAUGCAUCUGAGGUGGAAGGACCAGUUCUUUUGACUUCAGGCCUGUCUGACUGCAACCUCAGUAGCAGUAAACUGGGCAAUAAACACCUGCGAGACUCUAGUAGCAAACUUCUUUUUGAGUCUCAUAGUUUUACAGAUAAAGAAUAUUGGGAUAACAGUAGAUUGGGAUAUUUGGAUACUAAUUUACCAACUGCUGAGCCACCAGCUCAUGUACAAAAUAGUACUGUGGAUCCAGAAAUCCCAAGUGAACCAAACUGUAACUUGCCAAAGGUAGUAAGUAGUUGCAGUACAGAUUGCUCAAUAACUUCUGAUUUACUUAAACUAAGUUCAAAUAAUGAAGAGUCAGACAUUUUCCCAGAAAAUGCUCAGCUGCACAAUGCAUGCAAAGGAUCCCCCAAACAUCAACAGAUAGAUUGCCAGAAUUCUUUUUCCACCAGGUCAGAAUCCUCAAACACAGAUGCAGAAGAUCUUUUUGAUUUUGUUUUUGCAAUUUCUAGCAAGGAAAGAGUAGAGAAAACCAAGCAUUCCUUGGGGAACAGCAUUGACUGGCCAAUUUGGAGCAAGUUUGCUACUUCUUGCAGGAGUGAAGCUGCAGCUUCAGGCAUUUCGUAUCCUGUAUUGGGUGCACGACCAUGCUGGAGGAGUAUGACUGUUCUCGAAAUUCAUUCUGUCCGUCUGUCGAGUUAUUCAUGUCAAGUACUACGCAAUCUGCUUAGUUCCUGGAUUAGCUUAGAAAAACUGAUUUUGACCUACAAUGAUUUAAAUUCCAACAUCUUUUGCAUUUAUCAUGGACUCUUAGCUUUGUCAGAGUGUACUGACAAUCGCCUUACAACCAUCUCUAUCAAGGACACAUUUCUGAAUAUGCCUAUGAUGGAACUGCUGCAUAGUUUCCUUUCUGCCUUCCCUCGUCUACGUGUGCUUUGUUUUUCCCUUUGUAUGGAUGCAAGUCCAAAUCCAGAGGAGGAGGAACCAAAGUUGGAUUCUACAGGAUUCUCAGAUAAUUUGCUAGAACACCUAGAUCUUUGCUUCCCCAAGGAACCUUUGCAGAUUAGGCCUUUACUUUCUUUGAUCAGAGCAUCUCGUUGCCUUCAGCAGCUGUACCUUGACAGUGCAGUGUUCCGCUCACCGGAUGAUCUCACUUUGUUGCUGCAUGCUAUCACAGAUUCCCUCUUGUCUCUAAAAAAGCUUAGUAUUCACGAUGUCAACUUAGUUGUCUGCCAGACAGAAGUGAUCUAUUUUCUUCAGCAUUCAUCUGUUGAAGAUGUCAAGUUGUCUUACUGCCGGUUGUUUGAGAGGAAUGCAGAACAAUUCUUGGCUGAAUUUGUCAGUACAGUGAAGAGAAGUACAACAAUAAAGGGUUUGAGGCUACCUGGAAACAGACUUGGUAACCAAGGACUUCUGUCUCUGUCUGGCAUCUUUUCCAGAGAUUCUUUACCCUGCAUUUGUUCCCUUGAUGUGAGUUCCAACUGUAUUAAGCCAGAUGGACUGCUUCUGUUUGCUGUGCAGCUUGAAAUUUUUUUGCAAACAGAUGAGCAGAGGAAAUUAGAAAAUUUGAAUAUUUGCCAGAAUCUUCUGGAUCAGGAUUCAGAAACUACUCAGAAAGCCCUGCAACUUCUUCGAAAAACGUGUCAUGUGAUUAGUGACAGAUGGCACUCAUCCCAGGCAUUUGCUGACCAUGUCAGUGUGAUGUGAAUAUGCGGACAACCUUAUAGACUCAUUUGUCUAGUUUGUUAAUAAUGACAUUCAGUGCUGAUACAUAGUAGCUCAAUAAAUGUUUGUGCAGCAUAGCUGUAUAACCUUUAAAAACACACAGUGAGGUAUAAAUCAACAAGUAUGUGUUUUUUUAAUGUUCAAAAGAGCAACAUAAAGUAAUAAAAUAUUAAUAUGCAUAUAUUCCAAAACAAUAAAAGCAUUUUGUCAGAUGAAAUUUAAGAUGAAAGUAUGAGUAUGAAAUAGGGUAAUGACAUUUAAAAUAUUUUAUUAUUUGUACUAACUAGCUUCAUUAUUUGUUUUAAAGCACCAGAUUGCUUUGCAGAGCAUAAACAUUACAUGUUGAAGUCUGA